UUAUAUUAAAACAAAAUGUUUGUAAAAACUAAAGUAUURAUUGCUUUUAUUCUAUUCAUUGCAUUUGUGAAAUGUGGUGACAAACUAAAUGCUACCCAAACUAAUAUUACUGCCAUCACUACUACUACUACUACUACUACUACUACUGAACUAUUCAAUGAUUAUAACUUUUUCGGUUCAGACAGUGAUAACAGUACCUGGAGUUGGGGUAGUCAUGAAAUAGAGGAAAGCACUAGUAAUACCAAUGAUCACGAGGACAGUGAUUAUGGAGAGAACGGAGAGGAUUAUGACAAUGAAAAUACCGAUUUAAUUAAAGAAACUUUUUUGACUAAAUUUCGUGAACUUCAUCAAAAAGGACUGAACGAUACAUUUAGGAUAACUGUGCCACACAUUAACGAUACAUUCAAAAUAAUCGACAAUUUUAAACAACAUUUUGGACAACUGUUCAAAAGUGAUGGACACGCGGGCCAUGAGUUUCUUGAAUUUAUAUCUGAAAUCGAUAUACGACUGUCCACUGAAUGUACCGCUGCGUUGUAUAAGAUUUACAUUGGUAUCAGAAAUCUGGAUAUUUGGUCCCUUAAAUUUGUGGAUUCAAUGGGUCGGUUCCCGCCUCCGGGCUUUAUUGAAGGCAUACAAUCGAGUUUUGGUGAAUAUGAUGAAUGUAUUGACAUUGGGCAUCGGUUUAAUGAACCGGACAACACAAUUAAGGGUCAAUACUGUGUAUUGAAUGCCAAACUGCCCUACCCGUCCAUGAAAUCUUACAAUGAAGGAGAGCCUUUGGCUCAGGGAGGACUAGAGUAUAGGACAAAACUAAUGGAAAGUUACGGUUUGCAUCAGUUGGCAACUGUCAAGGGUAUGAUAGAAGCGCUUAACCUAUCGAAUGGCACUAUCUAUAAGUUGGGUAUUUGUAUACCAUCUGUUUGUACGGCCCGGGAGAUCGAGACUACACUCAAUAAAUUGCUUUAUCCAGUGACMCACUUUCCAUUAGAAAUUAAUCAAAACGAAUGUUAUACCAARGAUGAAAAAAUUAAGCUUGAUAAUUUUCAAAUAGUAUCAAUAUCUAUACUAUCAGUUCUAACAUUGUUGGYRAUAGUAAGUACUUGUGCCGACUAUUUCAUACAUAAGCGYCGAGUGUGUCAACAAUUAGAGACAGAUUCAACUGAAUAUAUGACAACAAAAAAUAAUAUUAAUGUUUGCAAWGAUAAYAACAUUUUAUUAUCAUUUUCACUGAUAAAAAAUACUCGUAAAUUGUUUGCCAAAAAUACUAAUUUUGCGGCGUUGGACACAAUCAGACUGUUGAUGAUAAUACACAUACAUUUGGGUCAUAUAUAUCAAUACGUGUCGUCAAUUGGUGUGUCGGCACUCAAACAAAUAUUUUCCGAUGUCUUUCACAAAGUAUUUGCCGAUAAUUCAAUGGUUUUUGCCAGAACUCCGCUACCGGUAGACGUUUUAUUCACACUYAGUGGUUUACUUUUAUCAUACGGUUUGCUACGAAAACUUCACAAAACAAACGGUCGAUUUAAUUAUCCAGUAUUUAUGGUUCAACGUUACGCUCGAUUUCUUGUGUUAGUGUUGGGAUCAAUACUGUUCUUCUAUAUCUACCCUCUCACCGGUGACGGACCAAUUUGGGAGACAGGAGUCCGAAAGAUCAGCACCGGGUGUACAAAUCCUGCUGUUCUCUAUAAAAACAUAYUGUUUAUCAAUAAUUUUGGUUUAGAGUCCAGCAAUUUUUAUGAGCUUAAGUGUCAUCCGAUGACAUGGUUUUUAUCGGCAUUACUACAAUUAACAGCCAUAGCRCCCAUAUUCAUCAUUGCCUUCUAUAAAAARCCAGUGUAUGGUAUUAUACUAACUGUUGGUGCCAUACUAUUAGGACUGGUUAUAUCUAUACUACCUUACCUGGCAUUUGGCAUUCGUCCAUAUCUACAGAUCUGGAGUCUGGAAACAGUUAUUUUUAGCAACAGUCGGUCACUAGCCUUAUAUCACACGACACCAAAUGUCUAUUUAGUAAGCUUUUUGGUUGGCAUAGGUUUCGGGUUUAUGCUUACCGAAGCUAAACGGUUUACCAUYACAAACAUGCAGUCACUKAUUUCAUGGUGUCUGUCAGUGGUAUCAGUAAUAUCAGUGUAUUUAUGGCACAACMRKUUCUGGCGUUUAGACCAAUCGGAACCUAUUGUUGGCGCACUUUUAUGGUUUUCAUUGGGAAAGUUACUGUUUUCAUUAGGUAUCGGAUGGAUACUAUUUGCCUGUUGUACGGGAAGGGCCGGAUAUUUWAAUCGGAUAUUAUCGUGGAAUGGCUUUCAACCGCUGGCCCGUCUAUCGCUUGGCAUGUAUUUGUUGCACAAUUUAGUUGUCGGGCACCGGGCGUUUUCAGUAAAGCACACCUAUGCCAUGACUAMCAAAUAUAUGAGCACACKAUUGUCGACAUCAUAUACGAUAUAA